GUCGCGGUGAGGUGUUUGGUGGAGAGACCGGAGAGGACGGAGAGACUGGCCGGGGGUUACCGACGCUGUGCAGGAGAUUUAGCUCUCCAGAAAUACCGAAAGGCGGCUAAGUUUUGUUCAGAAUGCGUCCGUGAAUCCACCGACUGUCUUCAAUCAAAACCUUCUGACACAAGCUUUGCUAUUUUUUCUUAUUCCUGGAGAGCUUAAUGCGCCUCGUCUCCAAAACACACACGCACAAAAAAUGAUCGGGAGAGGACUGUUCGUUUUGACAAUACUGUCCAAUUGCGCUCUGUCAUUGCCACUGACUCCAAGUCAGCUGGAGAAUGAGGACGUAAAGGUGAUGAAAUGCAUUGUGGAGGCGUUGGCAGAUGUUCUAUCAAGGCCCCACCCCACGCCUGUCAGUCAGGAGUGUUUGGUCACACUGAAGACAGACGACAGGCUUGUUUCUAUCCUUCGCCAUCAUAACUUUCUCAAGGAGCUGCAGGCGAUUGCUGUCCAAGGUGGUCAAGACAGAGCUCAGCUGCAGAGGGAGGCUGUUACACUUGACCCAAUGACACAAACUCCUCGGCCUACGGGUGACAUUGCUGAUCGAUCCAUGUUGGAAGCUUUAGGAGGCCCCGGUGAGAGAUCCAUCCUGUCUGAGAAGAGGGGGACAGGAAAUGGAGACGGAGACGAAGAAAAGGAUGAAAGCAUGGGAGAUGAAGAGUCACAGGAGGAGAAAGACGCUGCUGAAGAGGUGCUAGUGAAGACGAAAAAUGAAGAGAGGCCAAGAAGUCAUGUCUCUGAGUCUGUGGACGAGAAGAAGGAGGAAGAAGAAGAUGAAGAAGAAGAAGAGUAUGAAGAUAAAAGAGGACGUUCAGAGGAUAUUUCAGAGGAAAACAUGACCAAAGAUAAGAAAGGUGUUGGAUCUGAAGAAAGGAGAGAUGAACCCAGAAACAAAUCAAAAGAGAAGAAGUUUGACGAAGAAGAUGAAGGGGGAAAAGACAAGAGAUCUUCAGCUUUCUCACAUAAACAAGAGGAGAAACAGGCGGAAGAGGAGGAUGAAGAGGAGACGAAGAGAGGGAGCAGGGAGAGCCUAAAGCGAUGGACCAAGAGAGGCAAGGCCCUGGCGCUGAAGAAGAAAGCAGUCGGAAAGGAUGUGCAGCAGCUCGACAACCAGCAGGACGUGCCACAUCAUUCGAAAGAAGUCACAGAGGAAGAAGAUGAGGAGGAGGAGGAGAAGAAAAGAGGCAUGCUGAGGAGUCCAGAGGAGAAGGAGCUGCAGAUGAUUGCUAGAAGAGGACCUGAGGAGAGGAGAGUGUCGGAGGAAGAGGGGAGCGCCAGCCGGAAGUCAGAGGAGCCAGAGAUUGAAAGCCUGGCAGCCAUCGAGUCAGAGCUGGAAAACGUUGCCCAGAAACUCCACGAGCUGCGACGAGGCUGAGAGAGAAAUUGGUAAAAAAAAAAAAAAAAGAAAAAAAAAGAAAUUGACACGGCAACCUCCUCUGCCUCCUUGUACUCCUCCGCUUUACCAGCUGCCUGGUUUCCACAGAUAGAGCGUGUGAAUAUGUGACAAGAUUUUAUCUUUCGCUAUUUUUCCAGAGGAUGCCCCCCUUGCGCCACACUGCUGCAGCCUCCUUUGUGACAUUCCUGUCCCUCACAUAGAUUUUAGCAUACAGUAUAUGCACAUUGCAGCCAGACAUGCAUACUAAAAAAAAACACAACAAACGCACAAGUUCUGUGCAUUCAACCACAUGCAUAUAACAGAACACACAGCAAGCCUCCUAAAGGAAAAAAAAACUUUCUGUCAGUGAAGGUUGAUGGCUAGUUUUCCUUCAUUUUCUCUGACAAUCAUCUCUCUCUCUCUCUUUCUGCAAAUGUAUCUCGCCUGCUUUUUCAAAUUAUUUUAACACUGAACACUGAUUUAUGUGAAAGGUUGAGGCAGAUCCAGGUAUACACACACAGACAAGGUGAGGUUGUACAGUAACGGCAUGUAUACGUGUACAAAGCUCUUUCUGGGAUGAUUACUUACUUUAGAGGAAGCAGAAGAAGAAGAAAUAGAUGCUUAGUUAUUAGAUACAGUCAAGCCAAGGCAAUAAUUGAACAUUUUUAGAAGAUUAAUGGCUGGAUUGUAAUCUUAAAAUGUACUUGAUUUAUGUAAGAAAAUCAAUAAAUUGAAUUGAGUCUAUCUGGA